ACAACCGUUUUAAGCUUGUAGCUGUAUCUAUAGCCGGAGAGCAUGCCCUACACAUACCCAUCCAAUGAUCCCGAAGACUACAUCUUCUUCUGGAAAGUCACAGAUACGCAUGGAUGGGCCUCGCAAUGGUACCAUUCCCCAUUCAAAGCCCGGAUUCAACUUCGCAUCGAUAUCCACAACUCCUCCUCCUCUUCUCCCGAUCAUGGUCACGGUCACAGUCAUGACUUACCUGGCGACAAUGAAGGACCUGUCGUGAUUGAGAGCGAGGAUGAGAUAUUGUUCCCGACUGCGGAACAUUGGAUGAUGGCUUGUAAAGCUUUGUUGUUUGGCGAUCGAGAUGUUUUUACCCAAAUCAUCCACACCACCCACAUCCCCUCUACCUCCUAUACAACCGAUCGCGAUUCCUCCCAGCUGCCCGAACCCACACUCCAAAAAAUUAAAUCCCUCGGCCGCGCCAUCGCAAACUUCAACGAACCACUCUGGUUCGCCGCCCGUACGCAAAUCGUCCUCCACGGCAACCUGCACAAAUUCAGACAAAACUCUUACCUUAGAAGAAAGCUUUUGGAGACGGGAGAGAGGAGGCUUGUGGAGGCUAGUCCGGUGGAUAGGAUUUGGGGGGUGGGGUAUGGGGAGGGGAGGGCGUUGAGUAUGAAGGGGAGGGACGGGGGUGGUUGGGGGUUGAAUUUGUUGGGAGGGGUGUUGAUGGAUGUUAGGAGGGUUUUGAGGGGGGAGGAGGAGGCGGCGGCGGCGGCGGAGGAUGGGUUGGGACGUGUUUAUUCGGGUGUCUAUUGAAAUUGGACGUUGAAUGAACAUAGUUAAUCGGGUUCAUAUUACCAUUGAAGACUUUCUCAGAAAUGGCUCGGACUAUACGUAUACUUCCCGACCUCUAGGGUUUGCCACCCUGUACCGUAGCAUUAAUUAUAGCUUUAGAACGGCAGUAAAUCAAAUCCAGUACGUGUAGUUGU